AUGGCGGAGCACCCCUGUAAUCCCAGCACUGGGGAAGUGGAGGGCCAGAAAUUCAAAGUUGGGUUUGGGAGAUGGAAGGUGGUUGCUCCCACGCCGCCCGGAAGUUCUUGUGGCCCGUUCCCGGGCGCGAGCUGGUGGCGGAACAUGGACGUGGGUGGCGAUGUCCGCAGCGCGAGCGGAGCGCUGGCGUCUGCCGAGCCGGCGCCUGCCUCGGUGACCCUGGCGGAGCUCCUGCGCCUGGUUCAGAAGGGACAGGAGCUCCCGGGCCUGGAGAAACGCCACAUCACUGCGACCCACGGCGAACCCUCCGCGUCUCUACUCCCACGGAGGCCCAAGCCCUGGGAAGACGCGGGCUCCGCCGCCUCAUCCCGCACCACCGCCCUAGACCCGAGGGCGCAGCCUCCGGCCGUCGAGGAGCCGUCCAGGGGCAGCCCAGCCGCCCAACUCGACGGAGGCCCCAGGGGUUCCUGAGGCUCGAGGUGUCUCGCAGCUGAGAUCCGGAGGGCGUCUGGACACUUGCCACCUUUCCUCAUCUUUCUGCAUCUGCCUCAGCCAGACCCAGUGUUCCUGGGGGAUUCAAUGCUGCCCAGCAGUUUUGUUUUCGGACGCUGAAUUUCAACUCCAUCCUGUGUUGUAGUCCAUUUGUGUAACUGAAACAAGUUCCUCUGGUCACAGUAACAGGGCACGAUCUCCUGGGGCAGCUUGUUGUGAUGAUACGGAUAAACUGAGACCGAUAUAGCUUUGCAGUCGUUUGGGUUUGGUGAAAAAGUUCCUUCCCGGAAUGAUACAUAGAAAUCCUGGUUCUUGGGGGGGCUGGAGAGAGGGCUCUGGUCUCUACAGGCCUUGAGUUCAAUUCCUAACACAUCACAUGGUGACUCACAUUUGUAAUGGGAACUGAUGUCUCUUU